CUGAACGCAAAUACAGCAGGACGUGAUGAUGAGGAUGAGGAUGACGACGACGCGGACGUCACGCGACCGGGGGGGCGGAGCUACGUCACGACAUCCCUUUUUCUAAAUAGGAUGCUAGAGCGAAGAAGAAAAAAAAAGGUGGUGUACGUGCGGCUCUUCACGAAGCCGAGGACAGGCGGCAUACAUCCCUGAGGAUCGUCCACGCAGAGGACGCACAGGAGCGAGCUCAGACGGGUGGGUCCUGCCUGCAGAAGAACCAGCGGGGAUCUCGGUUUGCUUCUCACUUUAAAGCCGACUGACCGAGGAAGACGAUGGAAGGAAAGGAGAAGCAGGUCACAGGUUACCUCCUCUUCUCGCUGGGCACGGCUGUGAUCGGCUCGCUGCAGUUUGGUUACAACACAGGAGUCAUCAAUGCACCAGAAGCGAAACUUCGCUCUUUCUUCAACGACACAUGGAUAGAGCGUUAUGGCACCCCCAUCAGCUGGGACGUGUGCACUACGGUCUGGAGCAUCACGGUGGCCAUCUUUAGUGUGGGCGGCAUGGUGGGCUCCUUUAGUGUUGGCGUCAUGGCCAACAGAUUUGGCAGGAGACGCUCUAUGUUUCUGGUCAACAUACUGGCGGUGAUCGGCGGCUUACUGAUGGGCUUCUCCACCAUCUGCUCCUCCUACGAGAUGGUGAUCGCUGGCCGUCUGGUCAUCGGACUCUUCUGCGGCCUCUUUACGGGCCUCACCCCUAUGUACGUGGGUGAGGUGUCACCCACCCCGCUCAGGGGGGCCUUUGGCACCUUGCACCAGCUGGGCGUAGUGGUGGGCAUUCUGGUUGCGCAGAUCUUCGGCCUGGAAUUUCUGCUGGGCUCCUCCAAGCUGUGGCCCCUGCUGCUGGCCCUCACUGUGGCCCCUGCCAUAGUGCAAUGCAUCCUGCUGCCCUUCUGCCCCGAGAGCCCCCGGUUCCUGCUCAUCAACCUCAAGCAGGAGGAGCAGGCACGCAAAGCGCUGGUGCGUCUGCGCGGGAGUGAGGACGUGAGCAGAGACCUUCAGGAGAUGAAGGAGGAGAGCAACAAGAUGGCGCUAGAGAAGAAGGUGACCGUUCUGGAGCUUUUCCGCUCGCCGGCCUACCGCCAGCCACUCCUCAUCGCCGUCAUGCUGCAGCUGUCCCAGCAGCUGUCUGGCAUCAAUGCGGUGUUUUAUUAUUCCACAAGCAUCUUCACGUCAGCCGGCGUCAAACAGCCUAUCAUCGCCACCAUCGGCGCCGGCAUCGUCAACACCAUCUUCACGGUCGUCUCGCUCUUCCUGGUGGAGAAGGCGGGGCGGAGGACGCUACACCUUUUGGGCCUGAGCGGCAUGGCGGUGAGCGCCCUGCUCAUGACGGUCUCUCUGCAGCAGAAGGAAAUCGUCGCCAUGAGCUACGUGGCCAUCUUUGCCGUCAUGAUGUUCGUCGCCAUGUUUGAACUGGGCCCCGGUCCAAUCCCGUGGUUCAUCGUGGCCGAGCUGUUCUCGCAGGGGCCGCGCCCAGCAGCAAUGGCUGUGGCUGGCUGCUGCAACUGGACGUCCAACUUCCUGGUUGGAAUAAGCUUCCCCAAACUGGAGCAACUAUGCGGUCCGUGGGUCUUCCUGAUCUUCACCGCCUUCCUCAUCUUCUUCGGCGUCUUCACAUUCUUCAAAGUUCCGGAGACCAAAGGCAAGACUUUCGACGAGAUCGCCCGCAGCUUUGGUGGCGAGCUUCCUACCGCCCCCUCCGAAGAGGUCCCGCCCGCCAGUCUGCCUGCCGCCGGCGAGCCGCUCGCCUCGUCGGCCAAGGAGAAGGUCCCCUUGGUGGAGGAGGCCGGGGUGACCUUGGAGCUGGCUGAAACCACGCCCCUUGAGGAUAAAUCCAAGCCUGCGCCGCAGGAGAGCGUGUAGGCUGCGAACGUGAAUGAAGGAAGGGAUUUUAAAUCGUUUACGUUUAAAUCCUUCAAAUUUCCAAACCACACUGCGCUUGUUAGCCUCUCAAUGGCGCCAUGACGCCUGUUGAGGUUACAUGACAGGUGUGUUUAAGGAAAGAUCACCAUGACGACCGUACGCAACAGUUAAUCUUUGUAAUAUUUUAGUGUGUUACGAAAAUCCUAUUUUCUAUCCUUGAAUUCGAUCUUAACCUAAGCAGUGACGUUCCUCUGCUGUAGCCACAAGCUAGCUGAGCUUCGUUACGCCACCAUACGUUCUCAUCGUUGAGUUCUACGCCGCCACCUGCUGACGCCGCAUUGUGUUGUUCUGUUUUUGGUCGACGUUUGCCUUCAACCACUGGCCGAGCUAGCACCGCCCGUCAGGAUACCAAAGUUUUUUUGUUAUGUAACAUAUUUAUUACAAAUCGCCUAUGUUCACCAUAAAUAAAUAUUUUAUUACACUACUAUAUGAAAAGUAUUUAUUGAAGAUUAGAGAGAGAUAUUUAUUAGAUGUUAAGAAUAUAUUUACGAUUAGUAAGUCUAAAGGUUAGCUUAUGCUAACAUGUUAACAUUGAGCUGAGCACAUACGCAGCAAAGCAAUCGCAAUAAAUUGUUUAGCACUUUUAAUCUAAAAUAUCUACCUAAUCAGGUGCUCCUAUUUGGCCUCGUCAAUCUUAAGCGUUAAAACGUAUGCGUUUUUUGCAGCUUACAACGUGUGAAGGGCAAGUGCUAAUAACGAAAUGACAUAUGCUAAUGUACGUACGUCUUCAAUUGUUGCCUUGUCAUCCAUAAAUUAUUUUGGUUUUCAUAUGAAUUGUUAGACAAUGUGGUCAUCAAAAGUAAUGUCUUUGUUUAUAAUGUACAUUUUAAAACAAGACCUAAAUUGCGCGCAAAACUAGACAUAGGUCAGGCCCUCCGGUUGCUAGGCUAGUUAGUGGCUAGCUUGCCAGUAAGAUAACACUCAAGCUCAUGUACUGAUUAUUGUCGAGAUACGAAUUAUUUUGUGUGUGUCCUUAUGUGUCUUCCGGUGUGUUUUAACGUGACUUAUUUAUUUAAACAAUCCGAGGUGUGGACGUGAAUUCGUUUUGUGAGAAAAGAGCUCUCUGAAUGAUAGAAUAACCAAAAAUGCUGUCAAAAACGCUUUAUUUAAUGGAAUAACUUAAAAUUCCUCCAAUGCUUUUUAUUUUUAUUUUGAAGCUACACGUGUUUUGAUGCAUGAUUGUAGUAGUUGGCGUCGCAAUUGAAGUGUUCCUAAGUAUUGCUCUCUAAUGCGGACAGACAAAUUAAAUAAUUUUUUGUUUUACAUGUAGCAGCUAAACACACUGACAGCGUUUAUGUUGUCUUGUUCAGAUUGUGUCUUUCAUUGGAUUUGUGGGACAACUUUGUGCGGCCUUGUCGUCGACCUUAACUGAUGUGUGUUGUUUUCUUUCGGUGCAAGUUGUGUAUUGUUGCAUUUGUGUGUGUUGUGGUCACCCUGCGGAAUCUACAGUUCCACACACACACACGUACACACACACCCACGCACACACACACGUACACACAUUUUUGUUUCUCAAAACCUAAAUACCACUUUUUGCAAAAAUGCACAGUGAGUUGUGUUGUUGUUGUAUGCAGGCUGCUUGUGUGUACAGGAGGAUGGAAUUAUAAUGUAAAAUUGUUUGCUUUUACACCUUGUUUAAUAGACAGGCUUUGUAAUGUCAUGUUGCGCCUAAGUAACACUGAAAUGUUCACAUUGUGAUGUUGUGUCGAUGAGCUUGUGUGUUUAUUGCUUAAUAUACUGUUUUUUUGUACGUUAUAUAAUGUUCUGUAAUAAAUUAUAUAAAUAUAUAUAUAUCAACACAACCGUUUUUAUUGGUUCAUUUAAGAUGAACACUUCAUAAUAAGGAAUAGUUUUAGUUGAUAGGUGUUUUCAUCAAUAGUAAAUAAAACAUGUAUAAAUA